AUGGAAGAAGCUUUUGCAAUUGACAUUGCAAAAUCCCUUUCAGGGAAGUUAGGCUCUGUUGCUGCUGGAGAACUUUGUUUGGCAUGGAUGCUCGAAGCUGACAUUGCACAUCUUGAAAAGAGAUUGAAAGCCAUCAACGCUGUGCUGUCCAACGCCGAGAAACAAUCAACAAUUGAAAAGAUUCGUCUAUGGCUCCAUAAUCUUAAAGAAGUCUUGUAUGAUGCGGAGGACGUGCUGGACGAAUUUGAGCGCGAAACUUUGCGAAGGCAGGUGGUGAAAAGUACAGGAAGUACCAGCAGAAAGGUACGACGUUUGUUUUCAGGUUCUAAUAAGAUAGCAUUUCGUUUAAGAAUGGGUCUUAAGAUAAAGAGCAUCAUAGAAAGACUAUCUGAGAUUUCAUCUCUUAAGUGUGACUUCAACCUCAGCGAGCAGACUAAUGAUUAUAGUCAUGAGGAAACAGAGAUGAACCGAUCCUUUGAGAGAUUUUCUGGUCUUAUUGGACGAGAUGAAGACAAAGAACGCAUCAUCAACCUGCUAGUAGAACCUUUUAAUGUUGAUGAUGCUCAUCCCUUUCUCUUUUCGAUAGUUGGAAAGGGAGGAUUGGGGAAGACUGCUCUUGCCAAAUCUGUUUACGAGAAUGAAAUUGUAAAAUCUCAUUUUAAACCGAAAAUGGAGGCAUGUGUUUCAGAUGGUUUUGGCUUAAAACAAGUGACACAAAAAAUUAUCAAAUCUGCGACUGGGGAAAGAUGUGCAGAUUUGGAUGGGGGUAAACUAAUACAAAAACUUGAAGAAAUUCUGAACGGUAGGAAUUACUUGCUUCUUUUGGAUGAUGUUUAGAAUGGAGAUGCUC